GCGUGGGAAACUGAUACAAGGUGAUUUCCUGUUGGUUUCCCUGCAGCCUUUUGCAGCAGCCCAGCAGCAACUGGGUGGUCAUGGGGGGCUGGAACACAAACUGUCUGGGGGUUGCUAUAAAAAGGCAGAGCAGCCAGCUCCACGCACCCUGCAGCAGCGCCGAGCCGUGGGUCCUGCAUGCAACAGAGCAGAGCCUUCUCCGACCCUGCGCUCUCCCCCUAGCAGACGCCCGUGCCCUGUACUGCUGCACUCAGCGGCUGAGCUCAGCCGGUUGCAGAGGACCGGGUCCAUCCCCGCUCGUGGCUGGACCCCCGGAGCUUCCUGCACAUGGAGCACCUCGGCCUGGGCUGGGUGCUGCUGGCCGGCACCUUGGCUGGCACCUUGGCCGCCAGCAGCACCCGUGAGCAAGACCUCAGCCCCAUCACAGAGGUAGCAAUGGACAUGGCCCAGAACUCCUUCGAUGACCGGUACCAGGACUGCAGAUACAGGAUGGAGGAGGCGCUGAAAAUGGUGAACCGCACUGAAUUCAAAAACCCGCUCUAUGCAAACACCUGGAGAAAAGCAGACAGGAGGUGGCAGAAGCAAUGGGGCAACUCCAAGCACCUGCAGGGGCUGCAGCGGGAGUAUGCGGUGGCCGUGCUGGCAUACACUGCUGGCACAGGCCUGUACCGCCAGUUCAACGCAGCUGUGCGUGAGGGUGGUCGCUCCCACGAUUACUACCUCCAAUCCUUCCCCUUCAAGACGCUGCAUUUCCUCCUGACCGAGGCCCUGCACACCCUGAGGGAUGCCCAGGGCCGCAGAUGCUACAACGUCUACCGUGGUGUCAAUGGCACCCGCUUUACGGCCCAGAUCAACCAGGCUGUCCGCUUCGGCCAGUUCGCCUCUGCCUCCUUGAAUGAGAGUAUUGCCAAGGGUUUUGGCAAUGACACCUUCUUCUUUGUGUACACCUGCUAUGGUGCCAUCAUCGGCAACUUGUCCUUUUACGCUUAUCAGCGCGAAGUCCUCAUCCCACCCUAUGAGAUCUUCAAGGUCAUCAACGUCACCCGUUACCCAAAAGGAACCCACAUCCAUCUCUGUUCCAUUGGUGCGUGCAGCAACUACAACUGUGCACUGGUGAAGGGUAAGGGCAGCCAGCAGGGUGGGUGCCCCCGGGAGAUGGCUGGGGACAGGGCACAGCCCUGGGCAGGCGCCGCCGUGCUCCCCGCGCUCCUCCAGCCAUGGCUGCAGAGGAACGGGGGCCCCGUGCCACCGGCUCUGUGAGGGGAAGGGGAGCCUCGUGGUGAAGGCAACACCUCCGUGUGGGGAGCUCGUGGAGCCUGGGGAGCUUGGGGAACUUGAAGAGCUUGGGGAGCCUGGGGAGCUUGAAAUAACGUGGAGCUGCUGUGCGGAGCCAUGGGGGUGUGUAGAGAAGGAGGAGCAGGAGGGCCUGCUGAGGGGUUAGGUUUGGGGUAUAAAAAAGCAGGGCCGGUCAGUGUUUGUGUGUCCUAUCGUCGCAUUUCUCUCAUUAAAGCUUUUCUCUUUGCACACUC